GUAUAUAAGGCUAGUGGACGUUGUGUCCCCGUUACUAGAACUUGAGCACCGCAAUUAUGGCAUCGACUCAAAUGUUCGUACUGCGAUGGGGUGUUGUCUCCACUGGCCGAAUCGCCAUGGAAUUCGUGAAGGACUCCUUAGUGGAUCCUGCUACGCGUGGAACCGUCGAUGUUGUCCACAAGGUCGUAGCGGUCGGGUCUCGACAUGGCGCAGUGCAGAAGGCCGUAGACUUCAUCGCCGCACACGCGAAGGGGAAGCCUAUCCGUGCAUACGGAACAUACGAGGAGGUCUUCACAGAUCCGGAUGUCGACGCGGUCUACAUCGGUUCGCCACACACGCAGCAUUACACGAACGCUCUCGCCGCGCUUCUCGCAGGCAAGCACGUCCUAUGCGAGAAGGCGACCACAUCCAACGCAGCUGAGCUGCGGCAACUGAUCAAGAUUGCCAAGGAGCGCAAACUGUUCUUCAUGGAGGCGAUGUGGACGCGGUUCCAGCCUUUGACCCUCGAGGUGAAGCGCAUUGCGGAGGAGGGCACUCUAGGCGACCCAGUUCUUUUGCACGCAGACUUGUCGCAUGACUUCGACAUUGACAACAUCCCCAAGUCUCACAGAAUGAUGGACCCGCACCUGGGCGGAGGAGCGCUUCUCGAUCUAGGUCCUUACCCCAUGAUCUGGGCCGUGCUCGCUCUUUAUGAGCACCCCUCAAACAAGAAGGCCCUCCCCACCUCUGUUAGCGCGUCUAUGGUGAAGACACUACAGACCGGCGUCGACAGCAGUACAAGCUGGAUCGUUAACUUCACCGAGACACUGAAGGCUCAGGCAGUCCUCACGUGCAGUAUGACGCUGCCCACAGCACACUUCGGUGCGACAAUUCGGUACCGCAACGGGAACAUCAUCAUCGGCACUCCAAUCUUUAAGCCGUCACAUUUCGUCGUCCAGUACUUUGAUAAACCAGGCAGCGGCGUCGUGGUUCGCGAGGAGAAGCGAGCCUUUCACUAUGUGGGUGGAGGAUGGCAUUUCGAAGCGGAUGAGGUCGCACGGUGUGUUCGGGAUGGCAAGAUUCAGAGCGAGCUAUGGGGCCAUGAUAAAAGUCUCCUGCUGAUGGAUACCUUCGACGAGGUUCGCCGUCAAGGAGGGUAUAAAUUGCCCGACGGCGUCGAGAAAGUGCUGUAAACCAGCUUGAAGUAUGGUGAACGUCAAUACCAAGUGCGUGUAUGAUAGGUAUCCUUGCAUCCGACGCAACAAUGGAGUCUUGUCUUGCUGGCGUCAAUGUGUCGAACUACUGCACCUUCCUUUCUUGGCGAUGGUAUUCCAGUGCACUCGGCCGCGGACCUCAGCGAGUCCGUGGUUCGUUUGCCUGUGACACACAGCAUGGCCGACCGUGCGAUUCCUCAGCUUGUCUUCGAUUGAGAACUUGAUAGGCGGUCAUACGGAACGGCGGCGCUUCAGCGAGUAUUAUCGGCAUGUGGCCUCACUAUGAAGGCCCGUCUCGGACAAAACCCCAAUGCGCUACUGAGCAAGUGAAGGGGGCACAAGGGAGCGUUCGGGGGUACAAGGGAGCGUUCGGGG